AUGGUGCUAGCUUAUAUUUUACGUAAGAAGAAUCAUAUUAUUUUGUUAUUAUGUGUAUCAUUAUUCAAGACAUACGCGAUUUCCGGAAAGACUAUCGCAGAUAAAAGCUUAAAUUGGCGAAGGCAUAUGACGAUGGCAGUACCAAGUAGAGCGAGGGUAUAUGCCGAUGUCAACUCACAACGUCCGAGAGAAUACUGGGACUAUGAAAGCUAUGUGGUUGACUGGGGCAACCAGGAAGACUACCAGUUGGUGCGUAAGCUUGGGCGUGGAAAAUACAGUGAAGUGUUCGAGGCAAUAAAUAUUACAAAUAACGAGAAGUGUGUAGUUAAAAUAUUGAAGCCUGUUAAAAAGAAGAAGAUAAAAAGAGAAAUAAAAAUAUUAGAAAACUUAAGAGGAGGCACAAAUAUAAUUACUUUACAAGCUGUAGUCAAAGAUCCUGUUUCUCGUACUCCAGCACUCAUUUUUGAACAUGUCAACAACACUGAUUUUAAACAGCUGUAUCAAACACUGUCAGAUUAUGAUAUAAGAUAUUAUUUGUAUGAACUGCUGAAGGCAUUAGAUUAUUGCCACAGUAUGGGCAUCAUGCAUAGAGAUGUGAAGCCACACAAUGUGAUGAUCGACCAUGAUCACAGAAAGUUGCGUCUUAUUGACUGGGGAUUAGCUGAGUUCUACCACCCUGGUCAAGACUAUAAUGUUCGAGUGGCUUCUAGAUAUUUUAAGGGUCCAGAGCUCUUGGUGGAUUAUCAAAUGUAUGAUUAUUCUUUGGACAUGUGGUCACUAGGAUGCAUGUUAGCAUCAAUGAUUUUCCGCAAAGAGCCAUUUUUCCAUGGCCAUGACAAUUAUGAUCAGCUUGUGCGUAUUGCUAAAGUGCUGGGCACUGAAGAGCUAUUUGAAUAUUUGGAUAAAUAUCAUAUAGAAUUGGAUCCUCGGUUUAAUGAUAUACUUGGCAGGCAUUCUCGUAAACGAUGGGAGCGUUUUGUCCACUCUGAAAAUCAACACUUGGUAUCUCCUGAAGCAUUAGAUUUUCUAGAUCGCCUUCUACGCUAUGAUCAUUAUGAGAGAUAUACUGCUCGUGAGGCAAUGGAUCAUCCUUACUUCUAUCCAAUUGUGAAGGAGCAAGGACGAAUGGUUUCUUCCAAUUCUCCAACUCCUAAUGCAUUGCAAGGACCAAUAAGUACUACAGAAUAA